UUGCCCCGCUCGUCGCCCGUGGUGCAGUAACUCCGGAUCCCCUGCAUCUGGGCAUGCCUUGCUUGGGAAAGGAACGGUUAAAAGAGUAUAGCGUUAGGCGAGAACUGUAAGAAGGACAAACCCAGCGUUAUGAAGGCCAUUAAGAUCAACGAAACAGGAGGUUUGAGGAUGUACUCAUUCCAGAACCCCAGCACGGCCUUGAUUAAGAAUCAUACAAGUGGUGUUAAUUAUCUUGACGUGUAUCUUCGUGAAGGAGUUUUUCCUUUACCAGGCAUUCCAGCAGUCCUUGGAGUAGAGGGUGCAGGAGUUGUAGAAAAGCUGGGAUCUGGUUCGGAUGGUGUGGCUGUGGGUGAUCGUGUGGCUUAUUUUCAUCUUGGUUCAGGAAGUUUUGCAGAAUACAGUACUGUUCCAGUGGAUAAACUUGUCAAAGUGCCAUCAAACAUUACUUUUGAACAAGCAGCGACAACCAUGAUCCAGGGUAUCACUGCUCAUUACUUGGUUCACUCUGUAUACCAUGUGGGACUUGGUACCAAGGUGUUGGUCCAUGCAGCUGCUGGUGGGACUGGGUCCCUGAUAUGUCAAGUUGCUAAAAAUGCAGGAGCUUAUGUCAUUGGCACAACAAGCACAGAAGAGAAAGCCGUUAAGGCAAAGGCUUGUGGAGCCGAUGAGGUCAUUCUGUACUCUAAUCAAGACUUUGUCCAGGAAGUCAACAGGAUCACAGGAGGAGCUGGAGUCAAUGUCAUUUAUGAUGGGGUUGGAAAGACAACUUUUUACAAAGGUUUUAACUGCCUGGCAACACGAGGUACCAUGGUCCUUUUCGGUGGUGCAUCUGGUUACCCAGACUCCAUGGAGCUCAAUCUUGUUUCAUCUGGGUCACACAGUCUCGUUCUUCCAAGGUUAUUUGACUACAUAGCAACGCCCGAGGAUUUGUCUGGGAGAGCCAAUGCUGUUUUUGAUUGGAUCACACAAGGAAAGAUUAAAAUGGAUACUUUUACUGUGUUUAUGCUUUCAGAAGCAAAGAAAGCUUUUGAAAUGCUUGAAGGCAAGAAGACAACUGGAAAACUCUUGCUUAAACCUUGAAACUGUCAUCGAAACUUUGUGUUCUGAUCGUUACUAGCAAGCUAUUGAUGUGAAUAGAGCCAGCUGGUAAUGUGUUUUUUCAAAUUGAUUCUAGCACAUUGAUAUUAAGAUAUUUUGUGAUACUCAUAAAUCGACAGCAUCUCUCAUACAGAAAUAAAUCAUUGUGUAUACCAUUUAAA